GCAGCCUGGUCUGGUUGUUGGCGACCCUGCACAUAGCAGGGGGGUUGAAACUAGAUGGUCUUUGAGGUCCUCUUCAGCCCAGGCCAUUCUGUGGUUCUGUGGUUCUGUGAUUCUUUGAUCCCCGAGUGGGCUCUGCUGGUGCGUGAUAAAGUGUGAUACACCCACUCAAAGCCAUGCUCUUUGGCACAGAUGUCAAUGAGGUUAUUUCAGAAACGUGUCGUGUUCGACCAAAUUCUUUCUAGAGUGCCGUGUCCCCAGAAAGAAUUCCUGCUCUCAAGGCCCAGGAUAGCGUUUUGGGUGGUGGCCUGGAGUACAGGGUAUGUUUCCAGCCAUCCAGUGGUUGCUUCCAUCCUUGGUCUGGGGCAGUGGGAUAUAAUCAACCUGCCAGAAGGAGGCGGAGAUGGCUCACCAGUUACCGUCCUAGGCAAAGCAGUUUAGGCCUGGGGAAGAUUCAUUUCCUUUAUUACCCGCUAACAGCGCCCUAGGGUAGUGAGAAGAGAAAGCAGACUAAAAGCACCUUCCCCCUUUACUCUGUGUCUACGGCAGGUAUCUGAAGGGAAGGUGGCAGCAGCACACCACAAGGAUGGUGCUGGAUCCCAAGCUGGUGCACACUGUCACCUGAUGUGUAAGCUGCAAUUUAUUUUGAAGCAUUUUCUCAUUAUCCUCAGGUUUAUUCGUAACUUCUCCCACCAGCAUGCUGAGGGCAAGCACUGACUGGCUUCCAUGUGGGCUGUGGGGCUGUGACCUCACAGAGGUGUCCCCACCCAAAGGAUUGUGACCUCACGGCCAACUCAGUAUGAGCUAGCAACCAGCACCCUGCCUCUCCCAGUGCGGUCGUGACCGGCUUUGAGCGAUGGUUGACGACAGCUUUCUCCUUGUCCCUAUGACCCUUUUCUUCCUGUAUGUCCUGUUCUUGGUGGCCAGGGUCUCCCUGCUCAUCACCAUCUGGUUCCUACAGGUAGGGGAGUUUGAGGAUGGCUGUGGGACUCAGGGCUGGGGGAUUUGGAACCGAUUGCGUGGGUUGCUUCCCAGGAGCCUCACUGUGCCACGUUCAUGUGCCUGCAGGCUGGCAGACGACUCUUGCGACUGAGGAGAUGGUGGAGGAGAGGAGCAUCAGCACCGGAGUCAGGUGCUCAGAGACCAACGUCUGGGACAUCUUGCUCCUGCUCCAGCUGCAACCGCUGCAGCAAAGCUGACCAGGAGCUGCAGCAGCUGGUGCUAUCGGUGCUGCCGCAGCACGUGGCUACUCCUGGUCCUGAAUUCUGGGUGAUGGCCUGGAGGGACCUGGAGGAGCUGGUGGAGCAAGGAAGCCUGUCCUGCUGCAGCUCUGCCAAUGACCAGAGUGAGGUGCAGCGUGGAGCAUCAGCUUCUGAGUCAAGUGCUGAGGGACAGACACGUGGGCCACGGUGCUCCUGCUCCAGCUGCAACCGCUGCAGCAAAGCUGAGCAGGAGCUGCAGCAGCUGGUGUUGCCGGCUCUCCCAGAGCACGUGGCCACUCUGGGCCCUGAGUUCUGGGAUGCGGCCUGGCGGGACCUGGAAAAGCUGGUGGAGCAAGGAAGCCUAUCCUGCUGCAGCUCCCCCAGCUCCUCCACACAGCUGGGGACAGUUGUACGUGAGAGCAUCAUGCAGACAGGUGCCGCUGUACGUUGGUGGGAGCAGAAGGAACAGCAGCCUGUUGGAUUGUCCAAGCGUCCACAAGAAGUACCCCACAUGCAAAAGACAGUAAGACCAGCAGCAGCAGCACCUUCACGCCUGGCUACGGAAGAUGACUGCUGCAGUGCAGCCAGCCAGCGUCUGAGCUGUGCCGUCUGUGGCAGGAGACGUGCAGAGCAGGCAGGCAGGCAGAGCGUGAAUGGCUGGCACUCGUGGCAGCGGGUGGCCCCCACAGCCCACCGGCCAAAUUGUCAGGGCUCCAAGCCAGGCAGGGGAGCCGCAGAGCAGCCCCCGCAGACCUGCACCUGCACCUGCAUGCGUCCACCUGCGCAUGAGGGACUUCAUCAACCAAAGCAGGGACAACGUUGCUGGGACAACAAGGCCCAGGAGCCUUCUGCAUUGCCUGUGUCCUGCCGAAUGCAUUGUGAGUGCUGUAAGACAGCGGGAUCCAAGAGGGAUGCACAGAAGCCAGAGCAGCACAGCAUAAGAAAUACGAACCGGCACGUGCAGUCGCCCCCCAGGCAUGCUGAGGAAGAGAUGUGGGGCUCCAAAGCAGACAGAGGUGCCCAAAGGCAGCCUCACGGGAUCUGCUCCUGCUUGCUGCCACCAGCGCGUGGGACAACGGUGCGUAGCAUUGCCUAUGGCUCCAUUGAGUGGCUAUGUUGGCGGUAGGAGGUGGCCCCGCAGGUUCCCGCAUGGCUCUUGGCCACCCCGGCACGUCCCAAGUCCCAGCCUGAAUACAGGGCAGCAGCACAGGCAGCACAAACAGCUUCAGUGCUGCCCGUGGAGGACAACGGCUGCCACGCCAACGUCACCGCUGUGGGAAGUGCAGAGAGCCAACCCGGCCCGAUGCCACCUCCUUCCGCGAGCGCACAUCGAGGAAGCAGAGGGGCCGUGGGUGCCCACGGCUUUUGUCAUCAGCAUCCACUUGGCUGUGGGAGGGCCCAGCGUGGAAGGACGUAACGGAGCACCGGGGAACAGCCAGCUCGCAGCUACAGUCCCAUUAAAUCCUCUUUCUAUCCA